UAGAGAGCGGAAGUAUUAGCUGUUCUCCUCACACGUGUGCUGUGUAGUGUACCGUCCACCAGCACCAUGGUGCGGAAGCUGAAGUACCACGAGCAGAAGCUCCUGAAGAAGGUAGACUUCAUCAACUGGGAGGUGGAUAACAACAACAAGGAGCUGCGGGUGCUGAGGAAGUAUCACCUGGACCGGCGGGAGGACUACACCGUCUACAACAAGCUGAGCCGGGCCGUGCGGGAGCUGGCGAACAAGAUCAAGGACCUGGACGAGAAGGACGCGUUCAGGGCGCAGAGCACGGGCCGGCUGCUGGAGAAGCUGUACGCCAUGGGCCUGAUCCCCACCAAGAUGAGCCUGCAGCUGUGUGACACGGUGACCGCCUCGGCCUUCUGCAGGAGGCGCCUGCCCACCAUCUUGGUGAAGCUGCGGAUGGCCCAGAACCUCACCACCGCCAUCACCUACAUAGAGCAGGGCCAUGUCCGGGUGGGGGCAGAGGUGGUCACCGAUCCGGCAUACCUGGUCACCCGCAACAUGGAGGACUUCAUCACCUGGGUAGACACGUCCAAGAUCAAGAGGCAUGUCAUGGAGUACAAUGACGAGAGGGACGACUUCGACCUGGGGGUCUAGUACAUGGCCUACUCCCUCUGGUGUAUGGGCUCAACUCCAGGACUUACACUGCUAGGACAUGGCCUUCUCCCUCUGGUGUAUGGGCUCAUUUCCAGGACUUACACUGCUAGGACAUGGUCUUCUCCCUCUGGUGUAUGGGCUCAACUCCAGGACUCGCACAUCUGGGAUAAUGGCCUUCUCCCUCUGGUAUAUGGACUAGUUCCCAGGGCUUACACCGCUAGGACAUGGCCUAUUCCCUCUGUUGUAUUGGCUCAACUCCAGGACUCUUCCUAGGACAUGGUCUACUCCCUCUGGUGUAUGGACUUGUCUCAGGACUGGGUCAUGGCCUCCCCCUCUGGUCACCCCCUGUAUAGACCAAUUUCCAGUGAUUGCUCCUCUAGACUUGUAAUAAAGCUUUUUUUUGUUAUGGCAGGUUCUGCACAUUUUAUC